GUCUUUCGGGGUGUGCAAACAUAUUUCUCAUUUCUCGUCUGCAGUGCCUAAUCAUUUGAUUAAAUCAUCCACCUCUGCAUCUUGUGAUCCAGAAUGAACACCUCUAUCAGCUAUCUUGUUAACAGCACUGGCAGGAAGCUGACCAUGGCCACAACCACCCCAGCCUUCAGUGCUUUCAGUACCUUAAGGGAGAAUUCAUUUGUAGAAGACUUAUCAGGCUCUACUACAUCAUCCUUCACUGAAAACAUCUCUGCAACCACAGAUUAUUACUAUUCCUACUACACUGAUGAGGAUUUUGGCAGAUGUGUGUAUGAGCGUCACGGGGCAAAUUUCCUUCCAUCCCUCUACUCGAUUUUCUUCAUCCUCGGGCUUCUGGGUAACUCUCUGGUCAUCUGGGUCAUUGCUUGUGGGGUUCGUCUCCGCAGCAUGACCGACGUGUGUCUCCUAAAUUUGGCUGUUGCAGACCUUCUCUUGGUGUGCUCCCUUCCCUUCCUAGCCCACCAAGCCCGGGACCAGUGGCUGUUUGGGGAUGCAAUGUGCAAAGUUGUCCUGGGUGUUUAUCAUAUUGCUUUUUACUGUGGGAUCUUCUUCAUCAGCCUAAUGAGCAUCGACCGUUACUUGGCUAUAGUACACGCUGUUUAUGCUAUGAGAGCACGGACAAGGUCCUUCGGAAUGACUGCAGCUGCUGUUACUUGGGUGGCUGGAUUUUUUGCAUCUUUCCCAGACCUCAUCUUUCUCAAACAGCAGUCUACUGGAGAUACUUCUCAGUUUUGUUUCCCAGCAUAUCCCACAGUUGCUUUGGAUGAUAUCAGUUCUUCCAACCUUCACUUCUGGAGGAUCUUCAGCCUUUUUAAAAUGAAUAUUUUGGGUCUAUUUAUCCCAGUUGUCCUCAUGGGUUUCUGCUACUCACAGAUCAUCUGGAGGCUACUGGGGAGCCGGUCAUCCAAAAAACAGGCCAUCCGUUUAGUUCUCAUAGUGGUAGCUGUGUUCCUCUGCUGCUGGGUUCCCUACAACGUUGCAUCGUUCUUCAAAGCAAUGGAGCUAUUACACAUCUAUAUAGAAUGCAAAAGCAGCAAAGACAUCCGACUGGCUUUACAAAUCACUGAAGCCAUUGCCUACUCUCACAGUUGCCUCAACCCCAUCCUGUAUGUGUUUGUUGGGGAGAAGUUCAGGAGACAGCUGCUGAAGAUGAUAAACAGGUCUCCCUGCAGGAAGAUGAUCAAGGUCUUCAUACCUCAGGACAGAAUCCCCGGGUCAGUCUACUCACAGACCACCAGCCUGGACGAGAGGAGCACUGCUGUGUAAAGUGGGAGUGUGUUUGUGGUUAUGUGUGUUCCUGUUACUUACUAUCUUACUAUCUGUGGUUGUCUGCACAAUGACGCCAAUUCUUAUGAAGUAAAGUAGAGGUAAUUCUCAUUUCUUACUGGCCAUUUUAAGACUUCAGUUAUCAUAUAUGUUAUAUAUAUAUAUAUAUAUAUAUAUAUAUAUAUAUAUAUAUAUAAUGGGGGAUGCAUGUGUGAUAUGUAUCCUUUUGAGAGGUGUGAGUGUGAUUUAAUGGUCUCAUGAUUUUGUAAUAUAUAUAUAUUUCAAGUGUUUAAGUUUUAUAGGCUACAUAAGAAUGUUUAAUGAACUUGUACUGUACAUAUGGUUUUUGAUAAUUAUUUUUAAGAAUAUAUUUUUAGUGACUUGAUAAUGAAACAGAUUGUAUCUGCACCUGAAAUUGUUUCAAUCAAAUCAUAUGCUGAAGUGCGGAACUGUGUCAAUUGUAACAGCUGUCAACAACGUCAGUGUUCGAAACCUCAGCAACCUCAUUUAAUCAUCAGCUGCCGAAAGAAACAACAGGCGUUCUGCAACAAUCCAGAGGCUGGUCUAGAUAGAGGCUAGAUACUGAUCAUUUCCUUGCAUUCAGUUAGGGAAGACACCAUUAUGAAAAGUGCAACAAAUAUAAGCUUUUAUCUGCACAUGAUGACCCCCUCUGCACAACUGCAUCAGUUUUGUCUGUAUCAAACUGCUGUACAGCAAAAACAAAAAGGUCCCGGUGCAGUUGUCUACUUUUGUAAGUUUCAUAGCUGCAGAUUUGCACUUAACCGCGACCUAGAGAAAACCACAACAUGGAAGGGGAAGUACUAUCUAAGGUUGUCAGGUUGUCAGUUUAAACUUUGCAGUUGCUGUGCACAAGUGAGCAUUUCACUGCCAACAUUUUAAACUAUUUCUGCAACAUUUCUACUGAAAUUGAUCAACAUUUCACAACUAAAGGUAAUUUUCUGAUAAGAUUUUAAGGAGUAUAAUGACAUGAUACAACUAAUUACUAUGCUUUAAUUAAGAAAUACCCUUAUUAAAUCAUCAUACUCUACUAUAUUAAUAAUAAUAUAAUAAUAAUCCUUAUUUGUAGAGCACUUUUAAAAAACAAGUUACAAAGUGCUUUAACAAGUGUAAAGAAUAAUACAAAAAAAACAAGAUAAGAGCAUGAAAAAUUAAUAUAAAAUAUAAAUAUUAAGUCAUUAACCACAGCUCCUCUCAUUUUCACAAAGUUGGAUGACUCCAUAAAGACAGAUAUUAAAAAGAACUGUCAAAAUUGAAGCAGCAGAGGCUGAAUAACAUCUGAUGUCCAGUCCCUAGUGGAUCAAGGUCCAUCACCACCGAAUCCUACAAUUCCCAUAAUGCAACUAGAUAGCGUCUUUCAUUAAACCCUCCCUGCCUGGUAAAUGCAUGUAUUUUAAACUCCAUGUUUGUAGUGCAGGCUUUCUAUUAUAUUAUUGGAGAUGGUGAUGGAGCAGUGGAUAUGACACGUGCCUUUGGUGUGAGAAAUCCGGGUUCAAUUCCCACUUUGACACAUCCACCAAUAUAACACACUUAACCCCCGAGUUGCUCCAGAGUCAUGUGACCUCUGAUGUAUAUAGCUUCAGCUAAAUGAAUGAAUAUAAAUUUAAUGUAUAAAUGUGUCUUGAAGCCCAAGCUGAGAUACCCUGAUAACUUCCUUCAGAAGAGCAGCCGAGUGUUUAUGAUGCAUACCUUAUAACUGCAACAUGCACAGUUUGAUAUGAGCUGGGGACCUUUGCUGCAUGUCAACCCUCUCUCUCUCCCUGCCCUUCCUUAGUGUAGCUCUACUAUUGCUAUCAAAUAAAGGCAAAAUGCCAACAAAAUAUUCUUUUUAAAAAAAGCUCUGUCAGACUUCAACUCUUUUCACAGACUGGAGUACUGACCUUGCCUUGUAAACCUACUAUAACAUAUACAUUAGGUGGAGUGCUGCUCACACAUUAACAGUUUUCAGGCUGAAAAUCAACAAAGUGGCCCCUAAAUGCUAGCAGUCAGUAAAGUGACCCAUGUUUUCUAGGUUGAGGCAGUUUCAACAUUUUCAUUCGCUGAAUUACAUCAUAUAACAUUUGUUUCUAUUGCAUUCUAUUCUCAAGAGAAUCAUCGUUUUGAGAACAGUUUGUUGUUGUUACAGCAAUGCACACUGAUGUCAUAUACGCAGACUGGAUGUGCCAACAAUAGCAGAUAUUUUUCUAAUGUUGAUGUAAUGCUAAACAUGUAGAUUUUAAGCUUUUGCCCUUUUCCAAUAAAAUUUUAUCAUGAAAAUACCUCAAA